GUCUGAUGUGGGUCUGGACCCGCACACGGUCCCGAUGUGUAGCCGACCCCAGGCUAAGAUGGAGCAGGAGGCCGAGGGGCUGAGCCACUGGCAGGUGGCUCAGCAGCAGCUGGAGGAGGAUGCUGACAAGUUAAUGUCCAUCUUGGACAUGUCUCCGUUUCCCGGAAGCAGUGGCGUGCACACCUCUUGGAACCAUGGCCUGCCAGUCAUUCAACACGUCCCUCAGUGCACAGAGGUGGAGAGGAUCCCCUUGGUCUUUGUAGAGGCACCUAGGCAGAAUGAGAGUGAAAUGGGGCCACAGUUUAGUAUGUUGCUGCCUGAGCGUGGUGUGAGCUACUACCCCCAAGUGACUCUUACUCCUUCCCAGAUGAUUUACUGUUGGGGAGUGUCUCCCUCCCAACCAGGAAUGAUGAUUUUCAAGGAACCCCAGACGAUGCCUUUAGGAGAGUCCGGUAUUCCAGGGGUGGCCAUGCCCUUCAGUGGGAAUCUAAGGAUGCCCCCCAGUGGGCUAGUCCCAGCUCCUAGUGGAACCUCAACAAUGUCCCACAUCAGGGCAUCAACCAUGCCUUAUUCUGGCCCCCCAACAGUACCUUCUAACAGAGACUCUUUAACACCUGAAAUGUUAUUGUCCCCAACCAUGCCUUCCACUGAGGCCCAGGCAACACUCCCCUCUUUGGCUCAGAUGUUAGCUGCUAGAGAUCCCCGCGACCUUGGGAUGUCCCCAGCUGGCUCUCCAACAUUGCUGGCAUUAGAAUCCCAGGACACUCUUCUGAGCCAGCCAGCCUCCCAGGAAGACCUCUUCCUACCCAAGCAGCCCAUACCUGCUCCGUAGAGAGCAGAGCAGAAUUUCAGACCCCAGGAAAGGGCUCCCAGGAGGAGAUCCCCAGUUUCAAGGCCUUACCACUGUCAGUAUGAGAACUGUGGAAAAGCAUAUACUAAGCACUCCCACCUUGUGAGUCACCAACGCAAACACACAGGUGAGAGGCCCUAUAAAUGCAUGUGGGAAGGCUGCACGUGGUCUUUCUUUCGUUCCGAUGAGCUUGGACGACACAUGCGGAUACACACCAGAUAUCGACCGUAUAGAUGUGAUCAGUGCGGCCGACAGUUCAUGAGAUCUGACCAUCUCAGGCAACACCACAGGACUCAUCUGCAGGUGCUAGGAUCCUCAGACGCACAGGCCAGCAAUGGACAGAUGCCUGGUCCUCCUGCUCCUGGUCUUUAG